AUGGAGUAUCAAACGCUGCUGCUUGCUCUCUUUACUCUCAUCAGUGCGGUCUGGGCAACUGCGUCUACCCACCCGGUGAUCUUCCACGGCACCUCCGUCCUCACCUUUCCAAGCGAUGAUGUAUCCUCGUCCGUCAGUCACACGAAGCGGGCAACCGAGUUCUUCAGUUAUAUGACGGAGAAGGGAUAUUUUAGUUUCGGAUGGUGGGUGUCGGCGGACGGUAAUGGCGACACCUCGCAUUUCCAGCCAGACUUAGAUUCGUUCCAUUGGUUAGAGCUUGCCGUGACGAAAUCAUGCGAUGAGGAGACUGGGAACUGUCUAUAUCGCGUGCAAAACGUACCUAUCCGACAACCAGACGAUAUGAGCCUCUUGGGGGUUUCGGGAAGGUCGUUGAAGUACGUCGUACAACCCCCGUUAUUCGGAGAGAGAGACAGUGAUCGGGUAGCCUUGACUUAUAUCGAUGGCGACGGGGUCCGGAUUCACGGGGUAGGCACUAGGCAGAAGCUAAGCGACGAGAAGCGCACGGCGAAGGAGUGUCAGAAUGCUCUGCGGACGUUGAAGAGAUAUUAUGAGAUCAACGAUGUCGACUUGGGUUUCGAGAUUAGACAUAUAUGUGCGAUGCAAGAUAGGGGUACGGGCCGUGGCGAGAUUUCUGAGUUGUAA